GCAAGUAUCCAUGGAGAUGAUUUCACUCCUCCUUUUACAUAAACAUGAAAGCGAAAUUGCAUGAGAAUGAACUGCGCGAAGUACGCGUUGCACUGUGCCCCUUUCGCGUGUGAGUAGCCCUCUUCGAAACCCGCCUUGGGGGGUGGUCUUCCAAUGGGGGGCAGCGACUUAGCCGUGUGCGAUAGGCAUCACCCCAUGAGAUGAUCACCCUUCCCAUGAGGAAUCGAUCGUCCGCUUCUUCGCCGCGUGUUGCCCCUGUUUAUCCACCGUUUCUCCGCCGCUUCUCCCCCCGUUCGUUUGCAACCCUGCUUAUGCACAGCUUCGUGGCUGCCCCAGUGUGUGCAUCGCCUGCGUAGAAAGCAAACCCGUUCGACCGUCUCCCCGUUGAGCUGCUACUCCGCGCGGGCGGGUUAACUGCCAUUUUGGGGUUCUUCCUCCCCCCUGAUCGCAUCUCCCCUCCGUUUUAACCCCCCUUUUAAUUUAUGGGAAGAUCAUUCAAGGUUUUCCUGAGCAACUACGUGUACAGCUGCUCCGAAUGUGGGAACCACCUGUCGGACCCCACCGAGUUAGUAUCGACGUCCUUCCGAGGGAGGACGGGCCCCGCGUGGCUCUUCUCCAAAGUUAUAAACGUUUGCGAAGGGCAGUACGAAGACAGAAUGAUGACCACCGGCCAGCACACCAUCGUGGACAUUUACUGUAACAAUUGCAGAAACAAUGUGGGGUGGAAAUAUGAGGACUCCUCGGAGGAAUCGCAGAAAUAUAAAAAGGGAAAGUACAUUUUGGAGAAGGCCCUGCUGUCCUUUUUGGUCAUCGACCAGCACGGGAAGGAGCACGAGUUCGAGCUGAAGUCGUCCGACUGCGAUUUUUGAGGGCUAUCAGCGGGUGACCUAACGAGGCAUAGCCCUACCAGCAGUACGCACAACUCCGCCUUUUUCGCUUUUUUUUCGCCUUUUUUGCACCUUUUUUUUCUCAUUUUUUUUCCAUUUUUUUUCCAUUUUUUUCGCUUUUUUCCCCAUUUUUUUGUUGCUCCUCUCGCACAUGCGGCGCUGAUACGCGCUUGCACACGUACGCGACCUGUACAAGUGCGCCCCUUUUUUUUGUUGCAGAUGAAUUUUUUUCCCUCCGCGCGCUGGCGACGGUGAUUUGGGGACCACUGAGCGGCCACCUGUGUGUUCAUUUUUAAGCAUGUGCAGUGGGAGAGCGGUGGCACAGCAGGGGGGAAGCAGGAUAGCAUUCUUCGCGGCACAACCGCUAACAUUUUGGUGACUUUAAGCGGCACGAUUUUCCUUUGGCUGACUACGCGGUCGGCUCCGGGCGGGGAA